CGCCCGGCGCCGGGGUCCAUGGCACUCUCUGCGCGCGCCGUGCUGCGCGCGCUCGCCUACACGCCCUUUGUGCUCGUCGAGGCCCUCUUCUUCUUCGCCUGGCUCACGCUGCUCGACAUCCACCUGCGCUACACGUGGCGGCACCUGCACGCGCCCUGGACUUCGCUCCUCAGCGCGCUCCUCGCGACCGCACUCGUCGCAGCCGCCGCAGGGUGCUUCGCACUCGCAGUGCUGCGCCCGCCAGGCUAUCCGGACAAGGACAUAGAGGGCGGUGCGGAGCGGCGGCGGCCCGUAGAGUCUGAGCAUGACGCCGACGACCAGGGGCUGGAGGAGGGCGACAACGCGCCGCUGCUCCCGACGCGCGAGCCCGAGACGGACGGCGAGCGCGCCCUCGACGUGGCGCUCACCCUCUUUCCCGGCGCGCCGCAGUUCCCUGCGCGCUCCGGGCGACGGCAGCUGGGCGACGUGCUGAAUGCCGCCGACGCGCACCUGGCCGAUGAAGCGCGUGGGCGCAGACGACUGCACCUCGCAGACGUGCAGGUCAAGAGCAGCGGCGAGCGCCGCUGGUGCAACAAGUGUGCAGCACCUAAGCCGGACCGCGCACAUCACUGCUCGAGCUGCAAGCGAUGUGUGUUGCGUGUGGACCACCACUGUCCGUGGAUCACAAACUGUGUGGGCCUGCGCAACCACAAGAGCUUCUUCCUCUUCCUCUUCUACACGUGCGUGCUGUGCGUCUAUGGCGCACAGGACACGGCGCGUGUCCUGUUAGUCUGGGUGUCGAACGAAGACAACGGCUUCGAGACGUCGCCAAUCGCAUGGGCCAUCCUGCUCUUCGUCGCCUUCAUCUUCGGCGUGGCGCUCAUUCCCUUCACGGGCUAUCAUGCCUGGCUCAUCUGCCGCAACCGCACGACGCUCGAGUCGAUGGAGGGUGCCGGACGUGUGCGCGUUGCCUCGCGACCUUCGCCGGGCCGCGAGAGCGUCUCGGAGCGGCUGCGGCGCCUGACUGACGAAGGCUCGCCGGAACGUGAGCAACAAGAGACUGAGGCGGGCGGCGAGCAGUGGCGCGCCGACGAGGAGCUCAGCAGAGACGAGCGGCGCGCACUGAAGCGCGCAGGCAAGCUCAACAUCUACGACGUGGGCGUGACGCAGAACUGGCAGGCGCUGAUGGGCCGCACGUGGUGGCAGUGGUUCCUGCCGACCACCCAACCCGAGUCCGACGGCUACUCGUAUGCGGUCAACGCCGACAAGCUGUCGGAGCUGCAGCAGAUCACCGCUACGAUCCGGCUCGGCGCCUCUUCGCGAGGCGACGGCGUGCGGUUAGCGGGGCGCGGCAGCAGCACAGGUGGCGCUCCAGCCACGCCCCUGCGAUCAGCUUCGGGCACCGGCGCCUUCUCCUCGCCCGUCUCGUCCAUUCGCGGCCGCGCACGCUCGCCGCCGCCCGCCUCGCUGCGGCCAGUACCACAGGUGCCCGACAGUCGCCUCUCACCGAUGCGGCGUACAGACAUCGCAGGAGGGCGUUUGCCGCACGGGUCGGCGGCUGUGCGGCAGGCCGGCAUGCGCACGCAGAGCGCCCACGGCGAGGUCGAGUGGGGCGCUGCGCCGCGCCGCGACGGUUUCGUGCUGUACUCGGUCGACUCGGACGACGAGGACGGCACAACGGCGCUGGCCUCGCCUGGCGCCUCUCGGGAAACCUCGCCGAUGCCGCGACGGCCCACGCGGAGAGAAGACCAACACGACGCCGAUGUAUGGGGCUAAUGCUAGCGAC